AUGAAAACUGAAAGAAAAUCACUUCCUCCUGAAUUGCUGCCAGAAAUUAUUGAUAAUUUACCAAUCAACUUAAGAUGGUCCGAACUAAGAAUCUCUCUGUAUUUUGAUGUUUUUUUAUUUAAAAAACAGAGUAAACAAAUUAUUUCCAUCAAAAAAUUUUUAUAUCAAGUAAGUCCUUCCUUAAGACCUUUUCAUUUAUAAUUUUAGGUACGAGAACUUUUUUAAUCAGCAAAUACUUGUUUAAAAAAUUGGAAACCAUUAUUGGCAUCAGAUGAUUCUACUUCUUUAUCAAAUUUAAGAUAUAGACUCGCUGGACUUUUUGGGGCCGCCUAUGAAUCAAAACAAUUCUCCACCAUUCUUAAAAAUAUAAUUGAUGGGUGGUUUGAUAUUCUAAACGGUGGCGAAAUGGCAGAAAUUGAUGAAAUUGCAGAGGUCAGUUUAAAUUUUAGAGUACCUAAAGUUGCGGUUUAUUAUAUGAGAGGG